GUUCAUCAUCGCUUUUCUGAGCGUGACUGUGGUGGGCCUGGGAAGCGUCGCCUUUCACGGCACGCUGCUCUUCGAGCACCAGCGCUGGGAUCAGGUCCCGAUGCUGUGGACCGUAGCCAUGAUUCUAUACGUGCUGGUCGAGCAGAAGCAUGUCCAGCCCAAGUACCGGCUGAUACCACUGCUGCUGUUUGUCUACGCCGUGGUCGCUACCCUAGCCACUGCCGAGCGUGCCGGCGACAAGCAGUGGUUCUCAUUCCACGCCUUCUUUGGGUUCGCAACCUUCCUUGCGAUUUGCAAGGUGACGGUCUUCUUUCGCAGCUUGCCGCAGGACAUGCUGGAGCUGCGGCGGCUGAUGUCGUACGGCUUUGCGGCCCUCUUAGUGGCAAUCUCCGUGUGGCUGAUGGACCUUAAGCUGUGCAAGUAUCUCCACAUGUUGCCUUCGUAUGACUACUGGAACUUCCAUGCUUGGGGAUGGCAUUUGAUGGUGUCCUGCGGUCUUUACAAUAUUCUCGUGGGAAUCUGGUUCCACCGAUUGAAGGUUGUGCUGGAGAAGGAC